AUGGCCAAAGUUUGUGCUUCAAAACAAAAGACUCGGAAGUUCAAGCCAGAGUUGAGUUUAAAGAUCAAAGAGGAGAUUACCAAACAGAUCGAAUCUCAAGUAGUGAAAGUAACGCAAUAUCCGACUUGGUUAGCCAACGUUGUUCCGAUUGCCAAGAAAGACGGAAAGAUCAGAAUUUGCGUUGACUAUAGAGAUCUCAACAAAGCAAGCCCAACAGAUAAUUUUCCAUUACCAAACAUUCAUAUUCUCAUUGAUAAUUGUGCCAAGCAUGAGAUGCAGUCAUUUGUGGAUUGUUAUGUGGGCUAUCACCAGAUCCUAAUGGAUGAAGAAGAUGCAGAAAAGAUAGCCUUCAUUACGCCUUGGGGUGUAUAUCACUAUCGGGUGAUGCCUUUUGGUCUCAAGAAUGCCAGUGCUACUAAUAUGAAGGCUAUGACAACAAUUUUUCGUGAUAUGAUUCAUAAGGGGAUUGAGAAAGCGAUAAAAGAACAAGCCUUAGUUGAUCAUCUUACAGAGAAUCCGAUUGAUGAAGAGUUCAAGGAGAAUAGGUCGAAGAACCCACAGAUCACACCGUAUGUGCAGUUUAUACAAAAGUUGUGUAAGAGAUUUUACAAUAUUGAGUUCAGACACACUCCCAGGACACAGAAUGAGUUGGCAGAUGCUCUUGCCACAAUUGCCUCAAUGAUUAAACAUCCAGAUACAAGUUAUAUUGAUCCCUUGGAUAUAGAGGUAAAAAAGCAACUUGUCCAUUGUUCACAUGUUGAAGUAGAACCAGAUGGUUUGCCUUGGUAUUUUGACAUCAAGAAGUAUUUGGAAACCGGGACCUAUCCUGAGAAUGCAACGUUCAACCGGAAGAAAUCAAUUCGCCAUAUGGCUAACAAUUUAUUUCCAAGUGUGGAAAUCCUUUAUAGGAGGACUCCAGAUUUAGGUCUUCUCAUAUGUGUGGAUGAUAGUAAAGCUGCGAAGCUUUUGGAACAUAUACAUGCUGGAGUUUGUGGUACUCAUAUGAAUGGACUCACUUUGGCGAAGAAGAUCCUCCGCGCUGGUUAUUUUUGGAUGACUAUGGAGCGUGAUUGUUGCAAGAUCGUGCAGAAAUGUCACAUAUAUCAAGUGCAUAGUGAUUUGAUUCGAGUACCACCUCAUGAACUCAAUGCCAUGAGUUCACCUUUGCUGUUUGUAGCCUGGGGCAUGGAUGUCAUCGGUCCAAUAGAGUCAGCCGCUUCUAAUGAACACAGAUUCAUUUUGGUUGCCAUUGACAACUUUACCAAGUGGGUGGAAGCAGCUUCAUAUAAGUCAGUGACCAAGAAAGUUGUAGCUGAUUUCUUUCGCAACAAUUUGAUGUGUAGGUUUGGAGUACCAGAAUCCAUCAUUACUGAUAAUGGAGCGAAUCUCAACAUUCACUUGAUGAGAGAGAUAUGUGAACAAUUCAAGAUUACCUACCGAAACUCAACUGCUUAUCGUCCCCAAAUGAAUGGAGUUGUUGAAGCAGCCAACAAGAACAUAAAGAAUAUUCUGAGGAAAAUGAUUGACAAUCACAGAGGUUGGCAUGAGAUGUUGCCCUAUGUUUUAUUGGGUUACAGAACGACUGUCAGAACGUCAAUUGGAGCCACUCCAUACUUGUUAGUAUAUGGAACAGAAGCAGUUAUACCUGCAGAAGUUGAAAUACUUUCGUUGAGAAUCAUUCAGGAAACUGAAUUAAUUGAUGUUGAAUGGGUUCACAAACGGAUCGAUCAAUUAACAUUGAUUGAUGAGAAGAGAAUGGUUGUUGCUUGUCAUGGUCAACUGUAUCGGCAGAGAAUGAUUCGUGCUUUCCACAAAUGA